AUACAACAAGACAAUAUAUGUGUAAGAAUUACAGUGGCCUUACAAUAUAUGUGGUUCAUCUCAUUCCACCAUAUAUAUCAAAUCUAAUAUUUAUAUUGUAUCUGUCAUUCAAUCAACAAGUAGUACAUAAUAUCAUAGUCACUGAUUACCCUGUUUUUUCUUCACCUAAAUAUCUCUACUUAUGAAACAGGUCAAAACAAUAAUUAAAUCAAGAAUUAGUAUUAGUUUCAUGUACAAUGAAACUGAUUAGAGUUCCAGCAGUUAAACCCCCUGCAGUUCUGUUUGCAAAAGCAUCGAAUUUGAGUUCGAAUGUGAGAUGGGUUCAUCAGAAUCUUGGAAAUUCUGUAGUCAAAUUCAGGGUGGCUAUGGGAACUAGCCCAACUCAUAGCAGCAAGUUGUCUGCACCUGGUUCUUACCAGGCAGUUGUUUCGGAUAUCGGGUCUCAUGAGUUUGAAAAUUUUGAUGGGAAAAUGAUUAAAUUGGAAGAGGGUAUAGAAAAGGUUAUAUAUGGAUGCAGAUUCCUGGCAAUCCUUGCAGUUUGGGGGUCUUUAGUAGGAUCUUUUUUGUGUUUCAUCAAGGGGUGUGCAUAUGUUGUAGCAGCUUUCGGAGAAUACAUGGUGAACCGGCCUAAGGUGAUAGAACUUCUGGUUGAGGCCAUAGAUAUCUAUCUUCUAGGAACAGUAAUGUUAGUGUUUGGCAUGGGCCUUUACGAGCUCUUCAUCAGCAACCUCGAUAUGAAAAAAUACAUGUCAGAUCAAAGAUCUUCACACAGAUCAAAUCUUUUGGGGUUAUUUACUCUUAAGGAAAGACCGCGAUGGUUAGAAAUAAAAUCUGUGAAUGAGCUGAAAACCAAACUUGGCCAUGUAAUUGUGAUGCUGCUUCUGAUAGGAUUACUGGAGAAAAGUAAGAAAGCGCUUAUUAUAUCAUCGACAGAUCUGCUUUGCUUCUCAGCUUCGAUCCUUCUUUCUUCUGGUUGCUUGUUUCUGCUCUCGAGGCUCAAUGGCUCAAAGUAGGUAUCUUGUGGGAACAGAUUUCUUUGAAGCAAGUUAUCAUUCCUCAUGUUUUCUGGCUAGAUCAUAACUAUAUCAGAACAUCUUGUACACGAAUGCAAUGUAUACAAAGUUCAUUUAAGUC